AUGCCCGUCUUCUGCCUCCCCUCCCGCCCUCCCCUCAGCUCCCCGGUUCUCUCUCUGGAGAGCUCAACCGCAGCCCCGGGGUCUGGGACAGGAGGUUUUGCAAUCCAUGAUGUUAUUUCUGUGCAGUUGGAGUUUAAACUUUGCCACUUGGGCCAGGGCACUACGGAGGAGGAGGAGGAGGUGACUGGGUUUGGUGUCCACCUCACUCCCUGCACACUGAGGGGGUUGAGGAGAGAGGACAAGUCCGUGGGAGUGGGAUCUCACACAGCCAUGGCCUCUGACAUGGGCAGUCUGGACAACCUGGACCUGCUGGACCUCCUCUUCGACCGGCAGGAUGGGAUCCUCCGAGGAGUGGAGCUGGGGACAGCACCAGGGGCCUGGCACGAGGACGGGCAUCCUCAGGACAGUGAGGACUUCCUCAGCUCCAUCCUGGGCUCUGGGGACUCGGUGUCGGACUCACCCAGCUGGUCCCCAGCUGCCAGUGACAGUGGGGUCUCCGAGGACCCCCCCUCAGACCAGCUUGACAGCCCUCCCAGGUGCUAUGAGGGGGGUCCCAGCAAGGUCCUGUACCCCUACGCCAGCUCCUGCCGGGCUCUGCCCCUCCCAGGGGAGGCUGGGGCCCUGCACCCCGAGGUCUCCAUCGACCUGGACAUGUGGCACCCCGGCUUCUUCCCAGAGCAGAGCCAGGACCCCGUGGUCUCCCCACCCACCUCCUGCACCCUCACUGUCAAGGACCUGCUGCUCUCUGGCAGCUCUGAUGCCCACCCACAGGUGCCCGGGGCACUGCUGAGGCCCAGCCAGGGGCAGUUCCAGGAGCUGGUGCUGACCGAGGAUGAGAAGAAGCUGCUGGUGAAGGAAGGGGUGACCCUGCCCACACAACUGCCCCUCACCAAGUACGAGGAGCGGGUGCUGAAGAAGAUCCGGCGGAAGAUCCGGAACAAGCAGUCGGCUCAGGAGAGCCGCAAGAAGAAGAAGGAAUACAUCGAUGGGCUGGAGAGCAGGGUGUCAGCAUGCACGGCCCAGAACCAGGAGCUGCAGAGGAAGGUCCUUCACCUGGAGCAGCAGAACUCGUCCCUCCUGGAGCAGCUGAAGAAGCUUCAGGCCCUCGUGGUACAGUCAAGCAACAAGGCAGCACAGACGGGAACCUGCAUUGGGGUCCUGCUGCUCUCCUUCAUGCUCAUCCUCUUCCCUUCCAUCAGCCCCUUCACCCCCAGCACGGCCAAGACAGGCGGUGACUUCGGACCCGUGCGAGUUUUCUCUAGGUCCCUGCACAACACAGCUGCCUCCCGUGUGGCUUAUGCACAGCCCCAAGCUGGGGACGAGAAGCCCCCGGAGCCUCUGUGGCCAGAACACCCAGGAGAAGCCCUGGAGUCCCUGCACGAAGCCUUCACUGCCCCAACAUUCACCCCCCACCCGGGCAAAGUCUCCCCUCACAAUGGCUCACAGCCACUCACCCCCAAGGGGCUGAGCCCCAGGGAUGGGGACAGAGCUGACACUGGUCCUGGGGAUGGCACCGCACCACACCCUGGCCUGGCACCGCUGGCAUGGACCAAGGCUGGACACAGCAGGCCCAUGGUGCUGGAGCAGGCUGAGGAGCUUUGAGGAGUUCCCAGGGACCACGGGGGGACACACCAUGGGGUGGCUGAGCACCUCGUCCCCUAUGGAACAAACCUUUGGGGUGGCCCCUCUAGGAUCUGCCUCUGGGUGUGGGCAGACACUGGACCCACUUGGCUUUGCUUGUGUCUGGGAACUGGGAAAUAAGACUGGUUUCCAUUGGCCUUACUGGGAGGGAAGGGGCUGCUCCUGCCCACCAGGUGCAGAAUGGAUAAGGUGUCACUCAGGAUAGGCUCAAGGGGACUGGAGGGACCUUGGGCUGUUGGCUACUGAAGUUGCAACUAGUUUGUUUUGUUUGGUUUUGGGUUUUUUUGUUUUGUUUUGUUUUUUUAAGCUUUAUUUUCAUCUCU